GAUGGCCGGAGCUGGUGAUCCAAAAUGGCAAAAAGAUGCUUCCGAUCAGAAUUUCGAUUAUAUGUUCAAAUUGUUGAUAAUUGGCAAUUCGAGUGUGGGCAAAACAAGUUUCCUCUUCCGCUAUGCCGAUGACAGUUUUACAUCUGCCUUUGUGUCUACGGUUGGCAUUGAUUUCAAAGUGAAAACUGUGUUUCGGCAUGACAAGCGGGUUAAGCUGCAGAUAUGGGACACCGCUGGCCAAGAACGUUAUAGAACAAUAACAACAGCAUAUUAUCGUGGCGCCAUGGGUUUCAUUUUGAUGUAUGAUGUCACAAAUGAAGACAGUUUUAAUUCCGUACAAGAUUGGGUAACACAAAUCAAAACCUAUUCAUGGGAUAACGCACAAGUCAUAUUGGUGGGCAACAAAUGCGACAUGGAAGACCAGCGAGUAAUUUCAUUUGAACGCGGUCGACAAUUGGCCGAUCAAUUGGGAGUGGAAUUUUUCGAAACAUCGGCCAAGGAAAAUGUGAAUGUUAAGGCUGUCUUCGAACGUUUGGUCGACAUUAUUUGCGACAAAAUGUCCGAAAGUUUAGAUGCUGAUCCGACGUUAGUGGGCGGAGGCCAGAAAGGCCAAAGACUGACCGAUCAACCUCAAGGCACACCCAAUGCUAACUGCAAUUGUUAGAUUCCUUGUGUUUAUGUUUCACUAAAAAAAAAAAACGAAAAACAAUCCACAAACAAAAUAGAG